GUGCAAUUAUCCCUUAUUAUUAUCACAACAAGAAGAAGGUCAACGCUCAAACAUACAAUGAGCUACUAUAAAACCAAGAAAACUAGUACUGGCCAAACUAAGUUCGAAGAGAUCUACUUCAAUUCCUACUAGUGGAGAAUGGAUUCGACAAAAAGCAGUGAGGAUGUUUCACACGUUGAUGUGAUUAGUGCAAAGGAUCUGCUCUCCUCAGGUCACAGUUACUUAGAUGUGAGGACAGUUGAAGAGUAUAACAGAGGACAUAUAGAUAAAGCUAUUAAUAUUCCAUACAUGUUCCUCACUGAUGAAGGAAGGGUAAAAAACCCAGAUUUUCUUGACCAGGUCUCUUCAGUGUGCCAAAAGGAGGAUCAUCUUAUUGUGGGGUGCAACAGUGGAGGAAGAGGACUUCGAGCAUGUGUCGAUCUUCUUAAUGCGGGAUACAAGGAUGUAAGGAACUUGGAAGGAGGGUACUCAGCGUGGGUGGAUAAUGAGUUUAAAGGAGAUAAAUCUGCUGAACAAUUCAAAACUGCCUGCAAAUUUCGUCCAUGAGCCAACAAUUGGAUUGCUUGAAUCUUCACAAGAAUUAUUUUCUAUGCUUUAAGUCAUUUCAUGGGAUGUAAUGAAAAACAAUGGCAUUUCAAAUAAGCAUGUAAAAUUUAUGUUACAUUUUGAUUUGAAGUUGUUGUGUGUGUGCAGAGGAUUUUCUUGUUAAUGCUGUUUAUUUGAGUAUAAA